AUGUCUACUAAAGUAUCUACUUCUCGAUUUUGGAGUUUGAUUUUACAUGAGGUUUAUAACCAAGCAGGAGUUCUAGUACCUGAUGAUGAUGAGGUUGCUACAUUUUCUCAGUUGCAUAUCUUAAAUAUGCUCUUGAUUAUUCAGUUUUGUUUCUUGCUGUUGGUCAUCUUCCAGAUGCAACACUUAAUUUGUGAAGCCCCAAAAUACGCAUUGGAUGGUUCUUUUCAUGUUUCACUUGGGAAUGAUAUCUCUGUCAAAUCAAAUUUUGAGGAGACAGGUAAUCCUGGUGUCACUGCAAAUGUAUCUAAUACGGAUGCAAACAUCAAUUCUAGUGAACUAGUUAUUACUUUAUUCCGUGAGAAGCCUCUAGUCUCACCACCCAAAGUUAAUAUUUCCAAGUCCAAUAUGGAUGAGGGUAUUACUUUAAACAUCAAUGAGAACAUAUCUAAUACAUAUUCAAAUGUUAAUAUGGGUGAAUGGGAUUUCGACAUCUUCCCUCGUUAUUUAUGUUGUGCCACCAGCACCACCUUCAUCACCACCACCAAAUUCCAUGAUCGUUUCGACUUCAGUUCAUGUGGUGUCACCUACAUUUCAAUGAGUGAAGAAUGA